AUGGCCGAUAAAUUGCGCACUCUUCAACAACUCGAAUCUCUCCAGGCCAAAUACGUAGGCACUGGCCACGCUGACACCACCCGCUACGAAUGGAGCCAAAACAUCGUCCGCGACUCCCUCGCAAGUUAUGUCGGCCAUCCUCCUCUGCUCGCGUACAUGGCUCUUGGAUUGGGAGAGAAUAAGGAGAUUGUAAGAGGACAAAUGAUUGAAAAGAUGAUCAGGGCGAGUGGACCGCCACCACCGAGGGAGGAGGACUGA